AUGUUCCUAUGGGUUCUUCCUUCUCGAAUCAAGUUCAGAACAGAAUGGGUGUAUGGAAUCAAUUUUUCUGAGGAAAAAGAUGAUGAGUCAAUUCGACUGUUGAUGAAGCCUGAGUGUAUGAAAUCCAUGGUUGUAAUGCUUCAAAGAGGAAGUGGCGACGCCCGAUUUUGUACCAUUUCGAUAUUUCUGAAGAUGGUUAAAGCUGAUUAUCAUUGGAAUUAUGUUGCACAAGAUCAAGGUCAGAUGCUGCAACAAAAUUGGCGUGAAAUUUGUUUGGUUGCUUUUCAAUUUUCAUUCCAAAGAAAGCGUUUUGGAGGAAAUGUUGGUAUAUGGGAUAGUGAAGGACUGGUGGCACCGUUGCAUAUUAGUGGGCGGUCAACCACCAAGGAUAGAGUGGUGAAAAUCUUCAAGUUGUACAGCAGACGGUGGUCUUGGUUGAUGAAGAAUCGGAACUCCAUUUGUGGUCUUAGUUGA